AUGUCUGGGGAUGAGGACACCGCUGAGCCAACCAUUGCUGAAGAUGUGGUGGUGACCAAGUACAAAAUGGGAGCCGAGAUAGCUAACCGAGCCUUAAAGCUGGUUUUUGAUGGGGCUGCACCAGGAGUGUCGGUAUUAAGUCUUUGCGAAAGAGGUGAUGCUUUUAUAACUCAAGAAACUGGAAAAAUCUUCAAGAGGGAAAAGGAAAUGAAGAAGGGUAUUGCAUUUCCGACAUGCGUCUCAAUCAACAACACUGUAUGCCAUCAUUCUCCUCUUAAGAGUGACCCUGAUGUCAUGUUAAAAGAUGGUGACCUUGUAAAAAUCGACUUGGGUGUACAUGUCGAUGGCUUUAUAUCAAAUGUGGCUCACACUUUUGUUGUUGGAAUAACAAAGGAGAAUCCACUGACUGGACGGAAGGCUGAUGUUAUUAAAGCAGCUCAUCUUUGUGCUGAAGCAGCUCUGCGUCUCGUGAAACCUGGGAACCAGAACACGCAGGUGACAGAGGCUUGGAACAAGAUUGCAAAGUCAUUCAAGUGUGCCUCUGUAGAGGGUAUGCUGUCCCACCAACUAAAGCAGCAUGUCAUUGAUGGGGAGAAAACAAUCAUUCAAAAUCCAUCCGACCAGCAAAAAAAGGACCAUGAAAAAGCUGAAUUCGAAGUGCAUGAGGUAUAUGCAGUUGAUGUCCUUGUCAGUACUGGAGAGGGAAAGCCGAAGGAUUUGGGCCAAAGGAUCACAGUUUAUAAAAGGGACCCCAACAAAGUGUAUGGCUUGAAGAUGAAGACCUCCCGUGCUUUCUUUAGUGAAAUGGAGCGGCGCUUUGAUAGAAUGCCAUUCACUCUGAGAGCUUUUGAAGAUGAAGGAAAAGCCAAAUUAGGAGUGAUAGAGUGUGCCAAACAUGAGCUAUUGCAGCCGUUUACAGUGCUUCAAGAAAAAGAAGGUGAAUUUGUUGCCCAGUUUAAAUUUACUGUGCUGCUCAUGCCCAAUGGACCAUUGCGCAUUACAAACAGCCUUUAUGAGCCAGAACUUUACAAGUCAGACUUUGAUGUGGAGGAUCCAGAACUUAAGACUUUGCUGCAAAGUUCUGCUAGCCGCAAGGCACAGAAGAAAAAGAAAAAGAAGGCUUCAAAAACUGUUGAGAGUGCAACAGGACAAUCAGGGGAGACUGAAGCAGCAGAGUAG